AUGACGACAUAUGAUCUGGAUAGAAAUGUGCGCAUAAAAAAUAGAAAGAAAACUUUAUCAAAAUGUUUAAAUGCGCGAAUACCAUAUACACAUACGCACACACACAUACAAGCUCUUAUACAAACAAGAUUAGAUCAACCAAUCGAACUCGAAAUAGCGCACCAUUUGAAUAAUAAGAGUGGGAAGAAAAACAGUGAAGUCAGAAUACAUCUACUUGAUGAACGAGCUAGAGAAAAAGAAACCCAGCUACUACCUUGUGAGAAAAUUACGGAAAACAUAGUGCGCUACUAUUACCCAGAUGCGAUUUACCACUACUUACUGGCAAACAAAACGUUGACCAAUAAAACCACUAGAAUUUAUGCGCUUCAUUGUGCGCACAAACAGCUUUCACCAACAGGGUCUGCAAUGAAAAACUGUUUCUUACACAAGGAGAACUUAUUUUAA